AUGGUAAAUUUACAAACCACUGAUGGUCACAUCAUUAAUGAUGACAUGGUAAAUCUGCAAACCACUGAUGGUCACACCAUUAAAGAUGACAUGGUAAAUCUGCAAACCACUGAUGGUCACAUCAUUAAUGAUGACAUGCAUGGAUACACAUCAUUAAUAAUAGCUGCCGUCGGAGGACACCUGGAUAUUGUAUGUUACCUUGCCAGCAUUGGAUGUAAUAUACUCGCCAAAUCCAAGAAAGGAUCAACAGCAUUACAUUGGGCUGCUCAGAUUGGACAUCUUCAUGUCACCAAAUGGUUAGUUGAGGAAGGAGGAAUCAGUACACUGGAUAAAACAGAUGAGGGUCUCACUCCAUAUAUUCUGGCUGCAAAUAAAGACAACUACAAGUAUUCAUCUAAGCAGAAAAAAGGAAAGAAAGAAGUAAUGAAAUUUCUCAAGACUGUCAUGGCCAAGGAAGAACAAGAAUUGGCAACAAAAGUCUUCCAUCAGAAAGGUCUUACACAAGUUAUUAAAGGGCCCAACAAAGAAAUACAGAUAUUUUCUGACAUGGAAUUUCAAGGUCUGUUAAGCAGCGGAUCAUACAAAUGUUACUGGAACCGUGUUUUUCUUACCGGUCCAUUUGGUGUUGGCAAGACAUGCUUAGCCAAAAUUCUAGUGGGAGAUGAGGCUCCAGAGCAGCGAGAGUCAACAGAUGGUAUAUGGAUUUACCUCGGCAGAGCUGGAAUGAAUAUAAAGGAACGUUGUUGGGUUUUCUUGGAAAAGGGGACUAUCUUGAAUGCAACAGUGCAAAGUUUACUACGAAGUAAAGAAAUGGCAAUUCUAGGUGUUGUAAAGUCUAUCGAGGAAGUGGCAGAUUCUGAUGAUGCUAAACAUAGGGAGGAAAUCAAAAACAAAGGUUCUGUAUCUUCCAGUCUAGGGGCUGCAAAACGUAUAGAUGAAAUGCCUGAUCGAAGUGCUGUUAAGUCUAAUAUCAGUACUCCAGGUGUUCACACGAUAACGUCAAAGUUGAAAGCUUUCUUCAGUCUCCCAAGUCGAAAACAGAAAGGAUUCAAAGGUCAAAAUGUUGCUCAUCUUAAAUCUUCAAAUGAUGAAAGUGCUCUGAUGCAUGGAGCUACUAGAGAUGAUAGUGCUGGGAGAGGGGGAGACUCGGAAGAUAUAUUGACUGCCAAUGACAUGUCAGAGGAUGAAAUUAUCAAACUAAUUCGAUCUGAAUGUAAUAAAGGCAAUUACGAAAUGAUAAUUGUCCCCAUUGAUUUAUGGGACUUUGGCGGUCAAAAGAUAUAUCACUUGACACACCAGCUCUUUAUAUCUAGCAGAGGCACUUUUGUAUUAAUCUUCAAUGGUAGUAAAGGUAUCCAUGACGACACACCUGAUUACAUAGACUUACCAGGCUGUAAUAAUCAACGGAAUACUGCAGUCUAUCUUGUCCAUUGGGUUAACUCAGUCCUUACAUAUUGUAAGACUUCGGCUGAAAAUGGAGGAUACCCAAAAAUCAAAUUUGUUGCAACACACAAAGAUCAAGUUAAAGGUGAUAUUGAGGAACAGAGACGAAUCUUAGUAACCUCAAUUGAAAAACUCUUUGAAAAUCAUGGAGGAAAACAACAUCUUCAAUAUGAACCACUUAUUUUUGUGGAUGCAAGAAACAAAGAGGACGAAGAAUUAGACACAUUGAAGAAACAGUUGGUGGAAGUUGCAUUAGACCAUCCUAGUUGCGGAGAAUUAAUGCCAACCAAGUUUGUACCCCUUGAACUUCAAUUAGCCAAAAAAGCAGAGGAAAAAAAGAAAGUACUAUCCAUUGGUGAACUGAAUGCCCUUAACCAGCAGAAUGAAAAACAUGCAUUAACCCCUGAUCAGCUACAAAAGUUUCUGAAGGUUAAUCAUGCCCUUGGAAAACUGAUCUACUUCGAUGAAGCUUGCUUGAGAGAUAACGUUAUCAUAGAUCCAGUGUUUUUGGUAGACGUGCUACGUUCCAUCGUUACUGAUGAACAAUUUUGGCCAGAACAUCUCACUGAGGUACUUGGAGAACUUAAAGAAAGUGGAAAAUUGCUGAAAAAGGAUUUACACGAAAUAUGGAAACAAGACUGUUUCAAAGAGAUCUCAGAGCAUAAAGAAUAUAUGGUAGAAAUGUUAGUACAUUUGGACAUAAUUUGUCGACAGAAAGACAAUGAAUAUGAAUCAGAAUUGUUCUUAGUUCCAUGCAUGAUUGGAACCAAAAGAGAAGACAACCCACAAAUAGAUUUUGACAGAAGCAUACAUCUUGCUUAUAGGUUUAAGGAGGAAGUUGUGCCACCUGCUAUCCUUUACCGGUUCAUUGCGACUUUCAUAUCAAUGUGGAAGCUUCGAGUCAGCUCUAAAUCCAGUCGUCUGAUGAUCUUUUCAGACAGUGCUGAUGUUACAAUUGAUGCUGAACACGAUAUGAGAAUUGACAUUCAGGGAAACAGAAUCAUAGUUUCUCUUUCUCACAAAGAAAGCCAAAUUUCCAUUGUACCUACAAUUGCAUCAACAGCUCAGGAAUGCCUCACACAUGCCAUUACACGCAUUUCCAAUUUCUAUUUCUCAGUUUCAGAAGAUUCUGGUUGUACUAGAGAUUUACCUUUUACCAUUCAAAUUGGUAUAGUUUGUGGGUCAGAUCUAUGCUUUUUUGACCACAUGUUGAGAUCUAAGGAGGAAUGGACAUGUCCCGAUCACAAUAGUAUACACAAGACUAAUAGUGUGUCCAGAUGGUUUGCAGACAAGUUACCUACGGAGGGUGACAGAUGUCCAGAAGAUUGUCCUGGUCUAGAUAUGGCAUGGUUAGACAGCAAUCCAGAUGAUAGACAUUUGGGACGCUUAGCGGCUGAAAUGACAAUGGAAGAAAUACGAAAAAUAUACAUGCACCUAAAGGGAAAGAAACCUGCUAGGUCUUGGGAAAUAAUUAACGAGUCAAUCAACAAAGAGCUUUUUGAUAUCAAAGUCAAAGCUUUGCAUGAUUGGAAGAAGAGCACGGUACAUGCGUCAUUCCAGCACCUUCAGCAAAGUAUGAAAGAGGAAGAUAUAGACUUACACAUAUUAUGCCAGAUUUCAAGAGAAUUCCAAAAAGAGUUUGACCAAUCAAAGGAGAAGUUACUCAUCAGACCAUCAAGUACCAUUACAAAACUACUACCUGACCAUAUUGGAAUUCAAACAUUCCAGCUUGGAAUAGAACUUGGGCUAUCAGUUGUUGACAUGCAACACAUUGCAAUGAAUCACGUGACAAAUCUUCGUGGUCAAACAGAGGAGGUUCUGAACAAAUGGAGGACACUUCCCGGAGCUACAUAUGAAGUUUUAGUCAAUGCUCUCCAUCGGCUUGAUUUAUCUAGUGUAUUAUCAUACAUAACAUAUGAAGAAGCAUUAGAAGAAAUAUUUAAAGUAGGAUUAGAAAGAAAGGUGGAAGUAGGUUUAGAGGAACAAAUAGAAGUAGAAUUAGAGGACUUAGUAGAAGUAGAAUUUGAGGAACAAAUAGAAAUAGGAUUAGGAGAACAGGUUAAAGAGAGGAUUAUACAAGAUAUCGAAAUAAGUCAGAUUUUAGAUUAUAUGAUAACACAUUUAGUGAUAUCAUCUGAUGAUAGACGUCGUAUUGAGCAGCAUGCUGGACAAGACGAUCAAAAUAAAGCCUUGCUUGAAGUAGUGAAGAAAAGGGGAGAGUUUACUUAUACAGUGUUUGUUGAUGCACUACGGAAAAGUGGAUACACUGAUUUAGCAGAUGAAUUGAAACGCGAUUCACACGAAGAGGGCUCAAAUGAAUCAUUAGAACCACCUCCAAAUGAAGGUAUGAACUGUCUUUUUGUAAUGAAAAUGUACAAAUAA